UUAAAGUAGACAUUUUGGCUUUGAGGUUUCCGAGUAACACAAUAACACAAAUGGGCUAUUGAAUGGUGGUGUCGCAGUAUAGUUCGGCUUAGUAUAUUAUAUUUUCUAUCAUCAUACAUUUUUUUACAUAGUUUUUAUUGUGCAAUAUUUGUUGAGAUGCUCCACAGUUAUUUCCGUAACCCAUUACUAUUAUUAUUAUUAUAUGUACCUAUUGUUUCCUCACUAUCAGGUUAUAAUUUUGUAUAACACACGCAAGCAUAUUCGAGCAGCAGAUAAAUAUAAUACGUCGUAUAUUAUAAACCUUGCUACGUCGCGCUAUUUAUCCGCACAGAAACCGAGCUACAUAUCGAUACUGUCACUGCAAUACCACGUAAAUAACAUUUUUUUUGAAAAUGACAUAUUGGUAUCACUGUAUAGAUUAUAAUUUUCUCUAUCACUUUUAUUAUGUACCACGAGUCCAUUAUAUUGUUUUUUCCCGCUCAAAUUAAAGGUUUUGUGAUACCACGUAUUACAUUUUGAUUUUGAUAACACGUAUCUACCAUAAUGAACAAUAUUAUAAUAUUAUUCAACAUAAACGCUGGUGGAGCUAGACUGCUAGUCUAAGACGGUUCAGACCUUAUAAUAUUGAACGUCUUACUAUACAGCAUUAUACAUCAUGUCAUCAAAAAGAAGAAUUAAACACCUAUUGGAUCUUGCUAAUGAAGCUAAUAAUAAAGAUGACGCUAUGAACAACAUUACAUAUUAUAAAAAAAAAAGUAAGACAAAUAUUACCAAUUUCUCUAAUAGGAAACCAAAAUAUGAAACUAAUUUAAUAGCCAAUUCAUCUAUUUCAAAAACAAAAUAUUAUGAAGUUUUAACAAAAGAUUCCUUAAAGGAUAUUGAAUUCAUUUAUGAGAAUGUUGUAACUUCUAUAAAUGAACCAGAUAAUAUUUAUAAUGAAAAUAAUUUAAAUGUUCCUAAUAAUACUUCACCAACCACUGAAAAUCAAGUUGAUGACAGUAUUUAUGACAAGACUGACUGUAUAACUAAUUUUGAAACUGAUAAUGAUGAAUUUAAUAAUUAUGAAGAUUGCUUAAAGGAUAAUAUUGAAUUAACUUAUGAGGAUAUAAAAGUUGUAACUUCCAUUGAUGUACCAGGUAAUAUUUCUAAUGAAAAUAAUUUAAAUGUUCCUAAUAAUACUUCACCAACCAUUGAAAAUCAAGUUGAUGACAGUAUUUAUGACAAGACUGACUGUAUAACUAAUUUUGAAACUGAUAAUGAUGAAUUUAUUAAUUAUGAUCAUGACUAUUCAAAAGAAAUUGAAAUUGAAACUUCAGAUUCAAUCACUGACAAAAGAGUGCGUAAAAGAGGUAUAAUAUCACAAAAAAAAAAUUGGAAUAGGGAAGUUAUGCAACAAAAUAGAUUGCUAGGAAAGGCAUACAUAGGGUUUCAGAGGCAAGGCAAGAAAGUAUCUCAAGAUGUAAAUAAGGAUGAAAGGAAAAUGAAACCAACAUGUGCUUCAACAUUUUGCAAUAAAUCAAAAAACAGAUACUGCGACAAUUUUUCUAAAUCUGAGAGGAGUGAGCUGUUUAACCAUUUUUGGAAUAAUUGUACAUCCUGGGCAGAAAAGAAAACUUUUUGUGUAAAUAUGAUUACCAAGACAGAAACAAAACGUAUAAUGACCGAAAAUGAAAAAAGUCGAAGAGAUUAUUCCUACACUUAUCACUUAAAAAAAGAAGACAUAUCAUUACCAGUCUGUAAAAAAAUGUUUUUGAAUACGCUCUGUUUGAAUGAAUGGAUGGUGAGGAAUUGGAUAAACUCUUCAAUUAAUGGAUUACCUCAAUCAACAAAGAAUAUAAAGAAAAAUAAUUUACAAAACAAUCUAAAUUUGGAAUUUGAUAAUGAAGAGGAAAUUGAAGAACCUAUACCACGAGUAUCAGUGUCUGUACGACAUAAUCAUCUCAUAUCUUGGUUUGGGUCUUUACCGAAAAUGCCCAGUCAUUAUUGUCGAAAGAGGUCUGAAAGACUAUACCUUGAGGGUCCGUUUAAUAGCAAACAAGAAGUUUAUGAUGUAUAUUUAUUGAAAUGUAAAGAAGAGAAUAUGAAACCAUUAAGUAGAAGUUUUUUCUCCAGAUUUAUGACACAAAAAAAAUUUUCCAUAUACCAACCUAGAAAAGAUUUAUGCGAUACCUGCUCAAGUUAUAAAGUCAAACAAGUAAAUGAAGAAAACUAUGAGCUACAUAUUGCUCAAAAAAAUCAAGCCCGAGAAGAGCUUAAAGUUGAUACGCUUGAUGCAGUUGCUUUCAAAAAAAUAGUAUUGACAAUGGAUUUACAAGCUGUGAAACUAUGCCCUGCACUGAAUGCUAGUGCAUUGUAUUACAGCAUGAAACUUAAAGUACACAAUUUUACAGUUUAUAAUUUAGAACCUAACCACCCUUGUUCUAAUUAUUGGUGGGAUGAAAGUCAAGGGGAACUCGAAGCAUCGGUAUUUACAUCAAUUAUAUUGAAUCAUAUUAAACAACAAUGCAUAGAUGAGACUCAAAAUAAAAAAAAAGACAUUAUUAUAUACUCGGACGGUUGUGGGUAUCAAAACCGCAACACGGUAUUGUCCAAUGCGUUACUUAAAUUUUCUAUAGAAAAUAAUGUUAUUAUAGAACAAAAGUUCCUUGUCAAAGGACAUACACAAAUGCCAUGCGACAGUGUACAUAGUUCAAUCGAACGUACAAUAAAAAACAAAGAAAUCUAUUUGCCAUCUGACUACAUGAAACUAACAAAACUAGCAAGGAAAAAUCCAUCACCUUAUGAAUCCCACUCUGUUAACUAUUCAGAUUUCUAUGACUACAAAAAAUUGAAUUAUUAUAAGUCUAUCCGACCUGGGCGAUCAAAGGGUGACCCUGAAGUUCGAAAUAUAAGAGCUCUUAAAUAUGAUCCCACAACCAAAAAAAUAUAUUACAAAAUAAAUUUUGAACAUGAAUAUACAGAAUUACCCCAGUACCAUCGAACAAAAAAAACUAUAGAUCUGUCCAUCAACACACCUUGUUUGUAUAAUAGCAGAAUUCCUAUUACUCUGUCCAAGUGGAUUGAUCUCCAAAAAUUAAAAACUGUUCUACCAACUGAUGUCCAUGAUUAUUAUGACAAUAUACCUCACUUAAAGACUUAUAAAGAAAGAAAAUGUGAUAAAAUUUAGUUAUUAUGUUUUUUUUUUUGUUAUAAUUAUUAUUAUUAUGUUUUAACAAGAUUUUUUAUUAUUUUAUUUUAGUGAAUUGUUAUAUUUUGUAUAUUAUUAUUUAUACUAUAAUGCAGUUUUAUUGGUGUUCAGUAUUAAUUAAGAUAAUAUUAAAUAAGGAAUUAUAACAAUUUAUAAUGUGGUAAAAAUCAGAUAUUAUGUUUUUUUUUUUUAUAAUUAUUAUGUUUUAACAAGAUAUUUUUAUUUUAGUUAACUGUUGUAUAUUUUAUAUUAUUAUUA